GUGUGUUCAUAUGUGUGUAAAGAUUAUGAAGAGAGGUACAGUAGACAGCAGGUGCACUGAUAUCUCCAGGCAAAGAAACGCUCCCUUUGUCAGAAGUGUGCCUCGUCCCAGCGGCCGCUGACGAGUCCUGUCUUCAUAUGAGCAGCGGUGCCAGGCUGUAAAUCUAGAGCGCUGGCUCUGUCCACCGCGCUCACUCAGCUCUGCCUCGGUCACCCAGCACCGCUGCACCCCUCAGCCCGUCUCGGCCUCGUCUCACACGUGGACGGUGACACAGAGGUCAAGGUCAAAGACUUCAAGGUGACAGGAGAGCAGAGAAUGCAACAAAAAGUAGACAACAUUCAUUUAGUGUUUAUGCACCAAUAGUCAUGGAUCUCGUCAUAUUUAUGGUCUAUAAGGUUGUUUUGAUGUUUAUGCAUCCAUAGUCAUAGAUCUUGUCGAAUGGGCUAUAAGGUUGUCAAUCAAGACUACAGUAAAUAAAUAAUACAGUGCAGGAAACUCAUUUAAUUGAUUGUGAUAAUUAGUCAGAUAAUAACCAAUUUUGCAAUUGGAUGGGAAGAACAGUUGUUUCGUGGACAGGAAAGAAUGUCUUAUUAUGUAUCUCUUUGCUAAACCCGUUUGUGGUAGGUGUCGGCAUGGCACUGGGACAAGAGCUUGGUAUCCUUGGUGAACCUCAGUAUUGUUGACAUAUCUGUCAGCCGGUGUAGCUGGAGAUGUGUCCUGACAGGUAGGGGUGUGUCCAGGGGCACGAGCAGCAGAAGCAGACAAUGUGAGAGUCAUGAAUGAGCCUCAUUGUCAGUUGUCCUCCGGUUUGCAGCCCCUGCUGAGAGUUCUCUUCGUGAAGAGCCUGGUUGUUUUGGUAGUGUGAUAUCCAGUUGCUGCAGCUGUGAAAAUGACACAGGUUUCUCGGUGUUCCAAUUUGACUUGAAUUGUUUCGCUUUUUUUGCGCUGAGAACGAUAAUGAAAGUAAGAUGUGUAUGUUAUACAUCCCUCUCUUUUUGGCUGGCUGUCUUUUGAGUCCAGUUCCCAAAUGCAAUUAUACACCUUGCAGAUGCUUAUUUUGGAAGGAGGCCGGCCGCUAGUCUAGACCAUGAUCUUCUCCCCUGUGCAGGACAACAACAGCAGAAUGGAAAUGAAACUGCAGCAGUGUUUCAAGACAGAUGGCCCGUGCUAGGCCUCUCUGACUCUCUUGUAAAACACUAUUGGACUUUCAAAUGAGGUUUAGUCUGUGAUUUCUUAUACUUUUGGACAUAAAAGGUGAUGUACUUUCCCUAGACUAACAAAGACAUAUCAUAAAUUAAAGAUUUAUUGAGGAUGUUUGUGAUAUUCUUUGUGUCCCCCCUCGAUCUCUCUCUCUCUCUCUCUCUCUCUCUCUCUCUGUCUCUCUCACUCUGUGUGUGUGUGUGUGUAUGUGUGUGUGUGUUUGUGCAGUUUCACCAGUGAUACAUUGUCGUGAAUAUGAACUCCAGUGCAACCCAUGGAUAUUAUUUUCAUGAAGCCAGGCUUGCUGCCAUCUGACCACACCUUCUGUUGUCAGAAAAAAAACACAAUACUUCACUUUCCUAAAUGUCCAAGCCAGUGUCCCCAUCUGAAAAAUUAGAGUGUAUGUGUAUUUGUGUGUGUAUGUGUCUGUGUAUGUGCUAGCUCACUUUUCCCUAGAAAUGCUACAUUCCGUGAAAAAAUGGUUUGCUUUGAAAAGCAAUGUUCCAUGGUAUUAUCAUAAUAGGCUUGUCAGUAUAGUUGCCUUGAGCAGGGCCUGCUAGAAACUUGUGUUUUUGCUGUUCCUACAAUGCUGUGACUACAUCUGUGUCAGGUAUUCUGAUGUGCUCCAGAACCUCACACAUUCACAGUGUGCCCUCAUGUGGUUGUUUGUUUGUACUACAGCCUACUUCCUACCGCUUUGGUGAAAUUGAGAUAAAAACACUGUGAAGCAGCCUAAAUGAGCACACAUGCCACUGUGUGUUCUAAGACAGCUGUUUUACUUGAAAUAAAACAUCGCAGCGAACACUAAAAAUAACAUUCCCAUACAGGUUGUCAUUCCUACAGUGUUCUUCAUGAAAAGUGUACCAUUCCUAGGAGUCCCUCACCUCGCAAAGCCCCUUCUAACAUCCACAGAUAACCGACUAGCUGUGUGUGUGCACCCACCCCCUUUCCUCUGACACCCACUGAUCCUCACCCUUUCUCUCCUCUCCGUCCUCAUCCCCCGCCCGCCCUUGAGGACCUGAGUGGGACUCUCACCGGACGUCCCUGUCUGAGUUCCCCAAAGAGCUCCCUUAAGUGUGUGGUAUGAGGACGAGGUGGAGCAGGACGGGACGGAUAGUAAGGGCAGCAUUGCGUUCUGUCUGCAGGUGGAGCACCCGGGCACACGGACCUACUACUUCAGUGCUGACUGCCAGGAGGAACAGGAAGAGUGGGUGAAGGCAAUGAGCGACGCAGCCAGCGUUCAGGUCUCUCACACGCCAAGCAGGAGCGAUUCUGAACUGACCCCAUCUGAGGAGCAGAACUACAUCCAGUCGCCCAGAGAGCCAGUGCCCGAGACCAAUGGGCAGGCCGUAGCCACCCAAAGACUCAGCCCUUCUCCAGCCGGAGCACGGCACCAGAUGAACGGUGGACACAACGCAGACCCAACAGCGGAGGCCAGAGCGCCCCCUAACAGGCCCCCUCACCGGCCUCAGCAGCCCAACGGCUGGGGGAACUACGGGACACCGGGCAGCCCUGCUUACCUACCCCAGGCCCAGCAGCAGCAGGAGGGCCAACGGCCGGAGAGCGUGGUCCUGCGACGGAGCAUUGCGCCUCGCUCUGCCCCUGAGAAAAUGGCCCAGAGGAAGAGCUCCAUGACCCAGCUGCAGCAGUGGGUCAACCAGCGGCGCGGCAUGGCCACUCAGGAGGACCUGCGCAGCCCGUCCCGGUACUACCCAGGGCAGCGUGCCAUGCCCGACUACUACGCUGGGUACGGCGGGCCGCAGUACGUAGAGGAAUACCCGCUGUACCCGCCAGGUAUACGGCCCGACAGCAUCUGCUCGGCCUCAGCUGCGUACGAGCAGCGCUGGACGGCGGAGGAGAAGCGGCGGUCCCUGCGCGACGGCGGCGCCAUGUUCCGCGAGGCCCAGUGGCAUCCCGCAGGCCCACCGCCGGCGGCCUACUACGGCCACGUGGACCCCCUGCACGGCUCCAUGCGCCGCCUGUCUAUCCAGCCACGCUCACGCUCUGUCCCGCGCUCGCCCUCGUCCUCGGUCUCAGGGGGGCCCUACUCGCCGGGGCCGCACCUGUACGCCUCACCCCUCCGCUCGCCCAGCAUCCACUUUGGAGGGGGAGGCCCCGGCCGGCACCGGGACGAGAUCAUCUAUGCCGACCCCUCGGCUUACGGCCUGCGCCGCUCCAUCAGCUCUCCAAAGUAUGACUACCCAGGGGAUCGGCAGUCCAUCAGUCAAGGAAUAUACCCGUACAACUAUCCAGCGUCACCUGCUCUGCACAAUAAAAUGGAUGACAUUUUAGACCUGCAGCUUCAGCGCAAUUUGGAAUACCUUGAUCAACAGGUGACAGAAGGAGAUCACCUAAUCAGCAUGGUAACCAGAAUGGUUGAGCGUACUUCCUCUCGACCAAAGCUAUUCUCACAAGUGCCUCCAUUCCAUGAUGUCUACAGAGACCUUCAUCCUACCCUGAAGCUCAAUGAGAUGGAGACCAGUAAACUCUUGGGCCGAUUGUGUGAACAGCACCGAGUCAUGAAAGAACAGGAGACGGUGGUCCACCGGUUGCGGAUGGAUAAGGAUAACCUGGAGGAGGCGCUGGUGGCCACGCACCAGGAGAUGGAGAUGUACAGGAGUCAGGCGCUCACCUCAGACAAGUUACAGAUGAAGAAGGAGACUCUUCAGAGUCAGCUGAUCAAGAUUCGCGGAGAGCUCUCCCAAGCCUCCAGUGCAUUGACAUCCACCAGAGUGGAGUUUGAGGCUUUAGAGGAUGAAGUCAACGCCAUCCAUGGGGACCUCUGGGAGCAGCUCAACGCUGGAGGGCAGAGUGAACUGGUGCACAGGCACAUUCAGAAGGAGUUCUGGAGAGUCCAGGAUGUGUUAGAGGGACUGCACAAAAACAACCUCUCUCGUGGAACAGACACUGCUAAGCAUAGAGUGACUAGUGGGGCAUCUGGUUCCUUCAGCACAAAUAGUCCAGCCAGUCCCCUGAGCUCUGUUAGCCUGACUAGCCCCCUCAGCCCCUUCUCCCCUGUCUCUGGCUCCCAGGUGUCCCCCACCAAGCAGACAGGCUCAGAGGACAAUUUGCCACCGAGGCCACCCCUCCCUAAGUCCUACCUCCCCUUGGAAACCUCCCCCACUGCCCCACCCUCUGUGCCCCCCUUGCCCUCUUACAGCAGUGCCUGGCACUCUAGCAGCAUAGAGGACCCCUACAGGGACGACGACGAUGGCUACCACGGAAGAAAGCAGAGACCCUUAUCUGGAGACAAGACCAGCAGUAAUGAUCAAUACUUGGAGCACACCAGUGUAAACAAAGUAGGCAUAGUACCUCCACUGGCAAGGUCUCCCGGUGAGGAACAGACCAGGAGUUCUGCUCCCAUCCAUCGGCGGAAUGGAAAGGUGUCCAAUGGCCAUAUCUCCAGGGAGCGACCCAAGAGUGCCGUGUUCCCUGCGGAGGUAAAGUCCAAGAUGAGUGUGGAGGAGCAGAACGAGCGCAUCAGACGGAACCUCAGCAGCUCGGUCAGGGACAAGAGGCGCAGUCUGAACCUGUCUGGCUCCCAGUUAGACGGCUCCAAACCCAGCUACAGGGUGGUGAGGAGGAGGUUAACAGCACACGAGGUGGACAUCAAAGACUUGGAGGCCGCAGUCCGAGGAGAGGGGGUGGAAACGCCUCGGGAGGAGAUUGCACGCCUGCGUCGACUACAGAUGGAGCCACAGCACUAUGAUCUGGACAUCAGCAAAGAGCUGUUAGCACCUGAGAAGAUUUUGAUCCCUGAGCGGUACUUGGAUGCAGAGCCUAGCAAACCUCUAAGUCCUGAGGAGAUGCGUGAAAAACAGAAGAAAGUGGAGAGGAUCAAGACUCUCAUCGCCAAAUCAAAUCUGCAGAACGUGGUUCCUCAGCUGGACGGGCCAGUUGAGAGCCAGCCCAACCCUGACCAGCAGCUGCAGGAGCAGGAGAAGCGCAUCGAAAUCUCCUGCGCCCUGGCCGCCGAGGCCUCACGCCGCAGCCGCCUGCUGUCUGCCCAGUGUGGCCCCAGUCCCCCCGUCUCCCCAACCAGCCCGGCCCCUCCCCCUUCUGCUGAGUUCUCUGACUCCUCCCACAUCAUGAAAGUGUGAGUCCGUGCAGCGCAAGCCCUGGCUGCUGUGAAGUUUGAUGGAGCCUCCUUCUGACCCUCCACAGAGGACCACAGGAUCAAAACAACUCUAUUUUGUCUCCCCCCACCCACCCACCCACCCACCCACCCCAAACACUCUCAAUCGACCUUUCGCAACAGUUAGAGAGGAAAAGGGACCAGAUGUUUUGGAGAAUCAAUCACACGUCCCGUGAGUGGCAUCAACAUGGGUGCGGCCGUCUAAUAGGGGCGAGGCUACAGACCACCUACCACCAGGGGGCAGCACUUCAGAUCCAUUUCCCCUCUGUCACGCUUUGCACUUGCACACUUCUCCUCUGUUGGGGCCUUACAGACAUAUCAGCAAACCAUGAUGACAGGAACACAGCCACACUAAUAACCAGUGAUGUUGCUUGACAUGUUGAAACAUUUUGGGUUGCAGCAGUAUCAUAUAUCAAGCUAUAAAACUAGCCAGAGGAGGACAUGUUUACUUUAUUCUACCGCUGUGGAUGUGACUGGCUCACGGCAGAACCUGUGGUCAGUGAUGUGAGAUGAGAGGGGAUCUGCCAAAGUAGAAUGCAGUAGUUAGGCAGGGACGUCAGACAGAUGGAAUUCAGGUAUGUGCCACUAGAGGGCUCUCGCAGAGAGAGGAAAGUCAGUCGGACCUGGUAGUCAGUGGAGGAUGUCCUUACCGGAGGGAACAUGACCAGUCCGAAAAUGAUGGUUUGAGUGGAACAUGACACACGUAGCAGUAAGUGUCCAUUUAGUUGGUGAAGCUGCCCUUUCAGUUUCAAAACCCCAAGCUAGGUACAAUGCAGUAUGCUGAGGUUCCUGGGGGCAGUAGGGUAGAGACUUGCAAAAAAUUGCUUCUUGAUUUUAUUGGCCCAGUCUGGACAGUGACACAGUGGCACAGGACUUUCCAUAGUACCUUCUCUGUCCACCAAUGGCAUUGGUAUCAAAUCUUUGACCAGUUACUCAAGAAGAGAGUAGCUGAAGACUGUAGCUGAAAGCCAGACACACUGUGACUCCUCUGUCCUCGGGUCACCCGUCAACAUAGGGCUCUCCUGUGGUCAAGCAUCUCAAACUCGGAUAGCACUUCAGCGUCCAACAAAAUCCCAGCCGUCUGUUGGAAGUUAGCAUAUCUAAUUCAAAACAAAUACUGAUGUAAAUAUUAACUACACCUUCACAUCAAAGCCAUGUGGACUACACUUAAUGCUUAGGUGGUACCUAAAUACUAAUUGUUUUGGUGAACUAUUCAACUAUUCUUCUAUGUUUCAAGAGAUAGAGGUUGAUAAAAAGAAGUGACCUUAGAAAUGUCUGCUAGUGCAAAUAUGUGUCUAAGAUGGGCCAGCAACUUGAACAGCAGAGAUGGUGAUGAUAAGUAAUUAUGACAAUUUUGAUAAGUAUCACAAUAACUAAACAUGAUAUGGGGCUGCAUCACUGAAGGCUGAAGCAUACAUCACUGUGCCAUUUCUGGAUGGAACUGUGCUUGGGCAAGUCAGUUUUGUUGUUGUUGUUGAAACAUGGAUCCUGUUUGUUACGAAUAUUACUAUUGUAACUAUUUUUCUAUGUCUGCGACCACCUUUUGAUGUGUAAUCAGCCAACAUAGUCUUCUUGACCAUUCUGAAAAGCUGUCUGCUCCUUUUUGUGUCUUUCUACCUGAUUUGUUUACAAAGAUGUCGUCCUUAUUUCAUCUCUGAGUCUCCAUAUCAUGUCCCAAAGCAUUGCCACAUUGCCCCAAAGCAAGCCCUGCCAUACAAGUUGUUGACCUAUCAACCACUGUUGUGUAUGUAGAUGAAGGUUCCAUUCGUUGUGUGGUUCACCACCUGUGUUUUCUAAAGCGAGGUCUCAAAGUGAGUUUUCAGUGCAUAGAUCUAGUAGGCAGGUACACAGAGAGACAUUGUCUUUCUUUCUGUCAUUCUUUCUCUCAGUAUCAUAUUCACAUAAUAAAUUAAAAUACUUACAGGAAGCUGUGCUGACUGUAUCAAAAUGUCACAUUUGACAGCAGGAAGAGAACAUUUGUACGCAACAGUCAGUUUUAUUGAUCCCACAAAAGAUAUGCAGGCAGAAGGGACUCUAAGCUAUAUUUUUAUUAUUUUUGAGAAGGCGAAAAAAACAAAGGUCAAGAAGAUGCAGUAAAUAUUUUUUUAAACAUGGGAAUUUGAUUAACAAAGUAACAGGUCAGAGAGAUCAAAAAAAAAAAAAGAAAUAUCAGAGAGAAAAUAUAGAUGUUUCUCAUUUUUUCAUGUACUGGGAAUAUUGAUCACAACAGAUAUUUUUAAUUUAUUGAUUCUAAGAAUUGACUGAAAGGCUUCGGUCAGAGACAGCUGCGAAAAAACAUAUUUUUGAAUAAUUUGGGGGAAACGAUGAAACUCAAAGAACAGGUGUCCACUGUUUGUUGCAUAUGAGGCCAAGAUGGACAGGGACAAAAUUAGUAUAUUGGUCUGUGUACAUAUUUAUUAUCUAGACUGUGUCUGUAUAAAACAUACACAUUGCUACUUUUGGGAAAACAGAAAUUGCUUGAUCUAUGCAAACAUGAAUAAACAUGAUAAAUAUGCUUGCUUUAGAAAUACCCUCAUGCAAUAAAGUGAAUGUAUACAAAA